GAUGGCGAACAGAAUACUUCUCAGUUUAUUACUCGCCACCUAUAGUGCCAAUUUAUCGGUGACUAUAAAUUCUAAUAUCACUAUUCUCCUACCGUUGUCCGGGGAGAAGGGAAUCAAUGGAGAGGCUCAAAGGGAGGGUAUUCUUCACGCAUUCGAAUACUUGGGUUUAUUAAAUUCAAGUUAUGGCGGCAUCGUUUGGAACUUUAUUGAUACCCGAGAUACAAAUACUAGGCCUAUUCUUGUUUUCGUAAGGGAUCAUUUACUCUCGAACUUAGCUUGUACAAUAAAGCGUGACCUUAUACCUAGAAGAAAUAUAUGGAUUAUUCCGAGCGUAGUAGUUAAUUUAGAAAAAAGAGUUAAUUUAUUCCUUUGUGAAGGUAAAAAGGUCACAAAUAGCAUAUUAGUAGUAGCAAAGGAGAACUUUAAGAGCAACAACUCGGCUGAAAAGCUUAAAAGAAGCUUAAUGAAAAAGUUUAAUGAUAAACUAACUAACAUCAUCGAAAGAGAUGCCUUUUACGCCUUCGACGCUGCUCUUGUUACUGGAAAUGCUCUAAUUAGAAUGCAGACCCUGGAUAAUUCUCUGCCGAGAAAGCAAUUCUUAUCAAAUUUUUCAUUGAUUAUUCAAACAAAUACUAUGGAAGGUCUAACUGGUCGAUUGGAAUUUGGAAACGAUAAUAAAAGAAUAAUUAAUUCAUCAAUAUACGAAAUUACCGAAGAAGGGAUAAGGAUUGUUGGAAAAUAUGAACACAAUUUAAAAUUAAUAGCGCAUUCUGGCUUAUUAAAGGAGCCAGCAACCACCGAAAAGAAAAUAACGGCGCGUGACGAACAUCUCGUGAUUUCCGUUUGCGCAUUUUUAGUUAUCGAUUUGAUUAUUUUGUUACCUUGGAUUCUUGCUGAUCCUAUUAAAUGUGAGGCAAAGUUGCUGGGAAAGAGCUACAAGACGGAAAAUUUCUUGGAUGAAAUUCGUCAGAUUGUAGAUUGUAGAUCAUCAUUACAAAUUUUAUGGAUAUGUCUAAUCUAUGCAUACAAAUUAAUUCAAUUAAUAAUCGGAUCAAUGGCAACUUGGAAAACUCGUCACGUUACAUUGCCAACUUUAAAAGAUGCUAAAGAAAUUUUUGCUCUAAUCAUCGCUGUUGUUAUCCUGGGUAUAAUUGCUGUUCCAUUAAUGUUAGCUGACAGUGUUGGUUCAUCAAUAAAGUACGCAAUCGGAAGCUUAAUAGCUUGGUCCGGUUGCGUUUCUACAUUAUCUUUAGCUUUCAUUCCUAAGCUUUACUUAACACGAAAGCAAAGAUCACAAGGAACAGCGAGCGAUGCGAACAGAUUGUUAUUUACUGAAUCAUUACGUAGGACUCAGGCCAAUGAUAAACCCUGGUUCAUGUGUUGCUCAGGCAGUGGAAAUAAUAUGGACAUGUAUGCUGAAGAGAUGCUCAGCCAAGAAAUAGAGAAUUUAAAUAGAACCAUUAAACAGAAAGAUGCCACUAUCCGGGAUCUCACUGACCGAUUAUAUUUCCACCAAUACUUAGGAAAGUCUCGCCAAAGGCGAUCGAAAGCGCCACCUACCGCUGAAACGAAUGCCAACGAUUAUAGCCGUGUUACCUUUAAUCGAAAUAAUUCACGAAAUACUCAAAGUAAAAGAGAAAUUAAUGACAAUUCCAAGAAUGAUUUUAAAGGCAAAGAUAUAUCACCGAAUCGGGAUAGUGCUUUCGACAAUAUAUCACCCAGUUCGACAAGCACGGAAAUGGGCCGAAAGGAGAUGAAUGAUAGGCCUACUUAUGAAAAAGGACCAAUCGAUGUAGAAGCGAUCGAAAAAGAAGCAAAUUUAGUGAAGGAUUGGGUAGAUUUACACUCGGAUUUUGUUAAAUUCCAACAGAGUUCAUUAACAAAUCCGAAAAGAGAUUUAUCAUUCGAGCAAGGGCCCGUUUUUAUAAAAAAGUCAAUUCGAUCACCGGAACAACCGAUUCUUAGACCAAUCGUUCAAAAACCUAUUGCGGGUAGAUCUCCUUUUCGAUAUAUCGAGGAGAAGACUGCUCCUAAUCACUACUCUAUGCACGCUUUACAAAUAUAA